ACAUGAAUGUCCACCGCCGCUGUGAGGCCAGCGUGCCCAGCCUCUGUGGACAAGACCACACGGAGAAACGAGGGCGGAUCCACCUCUCGGUCUAUGGGGAGCGAGAGGAGCUGCACGUCACCGUGCUCGAGGCGCGGAAUCUCAUCCCGAUGGAUCCCAACGGCCUGUCCGAUCCCUACGUCAAGCUGAAGCUGGUUCCCGAUCCCAAGAACCAGACCAAGCAGAAGACCAAAACCAUCCGCUCCACCCUGAACCCAGUGUGGAACGAGAGCUUCACGUUCUCUGUCCGGGGGAAGGAGUGGGACAGGCGCCUGUCGGUGGAGGUCUGGGACUGGGACAGGACCAGCAGGAAUGAUUUCAUGGGCGCGCUGUCCUUCGGGGUGUCUGAAAUCUUCCGGCGCUCCGUCAAUGGCUGGUUCAAGCUCCUGAACCAGGAAGAGGGGGAGUACUACAACAUCCCCGUGCCAGACCAGGACAAUGGGCAGAGCACACAG